AUGCGUAUCAAUAUUAUUCUUAACAUUGUUACAAUAUUCGAAGUGAUCUCACAAAUAUUGGUGAUUAUAAUAAUCACUGUCAUCGGUUCUUCAAACUCUACCAUCAACACCAGUACUAACGAUACUACUGAUGCUACUGCGAAAAUUACCACUGAGACCACCACCACCACCAACACCACCACCACCGAUACUACUAUUCCUAGCGAUUCUAAUACUAACACUACUAAGGCGACUACUACUUCUACUAAUCCUACAGCUGUAGUCGGUGGUAUUGAAGUUGUUAUCCUCAUGUUGUUAAUAUACGCCUGA